CGUGCGCUCGCUCCCCCUUCUCUCUCUCUGUGGCUUCGCCAUUUUUUGGAGACAUGGCUCCUGCGAAAAAGCUUCUAGUGAGAGGCAAGAAGAAGAAGCAGGUGCUGAAGUUCACCUUGGACUGUACACAUCCAGUAGAAGAUGGAAUCAUGGAUGCUUCCAAUUUUGAGCAGUUCCUACAGGAACGCAUUAAAGUGAAUGGUAAAGCUGGGAACUUGGGCAAUGUGGUAACCAUUGAGAGGAACAAGAGUAAGAUCACUAUUACCUCUGAGGUCCCAUUCUCAAAGAGGUACCUGAAAUACCUCACCAAGAAGUACCUCAAAAAGAACAACCUGCGUGACUGGCUUCGCGUGGUUGCAAACAGUAAAGAGAGCUAUGAGCUCCGUUACUUCCAGAUUAACCAGGAUGAAGAGGAAGAGGAAGAUGAAGAUUAAACCCAACCCUGGUCUGGACUUUUGUACAAAUUAUAUUCAAUAAAAUUGGUUAAAAGGAAAA